AUGGCUAGGGUUUGCCUGCAGAGGGCUGUCCAGCAGGGCCUUCCUCUUUUAUAUGUUAUGUGUAAGGAUUGGUGUGAAUUUGUCAUUGUGGACGCACCCGUGGAGCACCCUGCCUACAACUACGGCUGCGUCGACCCUGUAGGAGGAACGGUCCUUGGCAACUAUGGCAGUGUCUCUCGGGAUACGGACUUGCCUCCGGGCGACGAUGGCUUCGUGAUGGAGGCAUUCGAAGGUCCACCUCGCAAGGACUGA